CGCUGCUGACUGCCUCAGAGGGGCAGCGCAGGACAACAGACUGGAGGCUCCUUUGUUUAUUUAUUUAUUUCGACAAAUGGCGUCUCUCCAGAGAGAAGCAGCUGAUUUCCCCCAGAGAACGACAGCGGGAACGGAGGAGAGCCGGACGCUGCGCACACUGCUCGGGAUGUUUGCGGGCGGACCGCUGCUGUAAAAACACACAGACUGUCAAAGAGAAAGCGCCGAGAAAGAGGAGGAGGAAAGGGGGGAGUCAGCUGCAGUUUUUUUGCUUCCCGCUGGUCAGCUUAUUUAUCGACGCUUCACCGGACCGGGGCCACAGGCACGUCGGCGACAGAAGCGGGUCAAAUGUUUCCCCCCCGCCGACGUUUCGGGGAUACAGAAUAACAGUGGCAUCACCACCCCUCGCCUCGGAGAGAUGUCCUCCCCCUCCGCCUGACUGGCCUCGUCGUUAAUCCAAUUCAGGAGAUCAUCUCUGCAACCCCUCCUGCGAGGUCACACCACCGAGACGGCGUUAUCCCAGCAAGCCAGCUCUGUGGUGGUAAAGAUGACCACGGCACGGUACCGUCCCACAUGGGAGUUGGCCGUGGACCCCCUGGUUUCUUGUAAACUGUGCCUUGGAGAGUUCCCUCUGGAGCAGAUGACCACCAUCACACAGUGCCAAUGUGUCUUCUGUACACUGUGCCUGAAGCAGUAUGUGGAGCUCUUGAUUAAAGAAGGCCUUGAAACUGCAAUUAGCUGUCCCGACUCUGCCUGUCCCAAAAGAGGACACUUGCAAGAAAAUGAGAUUGAGUGCAUGGUGGCUACGGAGAUGAUGCAGAGGUACAAAAAGCUCCAGUUUGAGAGGGAGGUGCUCUUGGACCCGUGUCGGACAUGGUGCCCCUCCUCGACCUGCCAGGCCGUAUGCCAGCUUAAGGAAUCCGAUUCUCCAGUUUUGCCCCAGCUGGUCCAAUGUGCUGUGUGUGCCCUGGAGUUCUGCUCAGCCUGUAAGGCCAACUGGCACCCGGGACAGGCCUGCCAGGAGAGCAACCUGCCCAUCGCCUCCUUCUUACCAGGAGAAAACAGCUCUUUUUUUAAGAAUGAAGACGAUGACGCACCUAUUAAACGCUGUCCAAAGUGUAAAGUUUACAUCGAGCGGGACGAGGGCUGCGCACAGAUGAUGUGCAAGAACUGCAAACAUGCCUUCUGCUGGUACUGUCUGGAGUCCUUGGAUGACGACUUUUUGCUGAUCCACUACGACAAAGGGCCCUGUCGGAACAAACUGGGCCACUCCAGGGCGUCUGUUAUCUGGCACAGAACACAGGUCGUAGGCAUCUUUGCCGGCUUUGGCCUGCUCCUGCUAGUCGCCUCCCCCUUUCUCCUCUUGGCCACUCCCAUAGUCCUCUGCUGCAAGUGCAAAUGCAGCAAAGGCGACGACGACCCGCUGCCGACCUAAAUGUCGCAUCAGAGUUGARGUCGAGCCGCUUUCAAGGAUCAUAUUUUUGUCCCGUUUCACCACGUUCCAUUCUUAUUUUCCCGGCAGCUUUGGGAAAGCUUCAUUUUAUCAGGGGUUGGGCCUGCACCCCCGCCUCGACCGCUUUGGGAUUCAUCGCUCUGCGUGAGGAGGCCAGAAAGACAGUCUAGAAGUUUCCUCUAAUGAGAGGUGCGAGGGUCAAAGGUGAGCGAAAGUGAGACCAAGCGAACAUUGUGUCCAUGUUUGUAAGAGUUUGACGGGUCUGGGGAUGUCCUGAAGGUCUGUGCCACCCUGUUGGGGUCGUUACUUUUGGUUCAUGUUUUGGUGGGAAACAUUAGGAGAUGCUGUUUCUUUUGUCACUCAGGAGCCACUUGAGGAAAGACUACUUUAUUGCUUUGUUUUGUUGGUUUGCUGUACAGACACACACACCGCACUCACACAUGUAGCUCCACAGAUUCAGCCAGUAGCAGAGGAGAGCUGCACCACACUUGGUCCACGUGCACACUGAGCGGGGUUUCUGAGGUAGAGCUGAGCGGCUGCUGCCGCUCUCGGCUCCAUGUACAUCACGUCCUCUUGAUGAUGUCAAUGUUUUAUAAUCUUGCGCUUUUAAUAGAACCGUGCUAAGAGUCAUGUCUGUGUUGUACUUUUAAGUCUUUUCCAGCAGACGUAAUAAAGAUGUAUUAAUAUUAAAGAGGAUUGCCACUCAAAUCAGAAAAUACAUGUUUUUGUGAUAAAUGACUGGGCUUUACCAUUAGCCUUCACUUAAUACCCUUAUUUGUUUUUCUGACUGUAAAAACUCCAUAUAUUGAUCAAACUAUAUGGUGAGUGGGGCUCCCAUUUAUGUCCAGCAGUAAUCAAAUCAAAGGCCCAUCAAAGMUUUUUUUCAAUGAUUCAUUAAAAACUGAUGUGUCUCCUGUUAUUCUCAGUCCUACGGUGAUGGUUUAGCCAAACAGGAGUUAGCCUUAAAUCCAGACGAGCCUAAAUCAGGCAAUCUGCCCGUGUGCAUUACGAGAAGAAAGCAUCAAAAUCUWAUCAGUCCAGGGAAAGUUUGUUCUUCAGGCAUUAUUCAAGUCUCACAGACAGGAAGUGAAGCCCUUUACUUUCAGAUGAUUCUAUGAUGUCUCCCAUACGCCACACUCUUCAUAGCUGUCGUGUAAAAAACAACAUUCUUAAAUGGUGUGCAUGCAUUUUGAAAGCCUUUUUAAGAAGAGCUGAUCAGCAUCGGUUCAGCCAUUAUUGUGUUUGAUCCAAAGUGUAACUUCAAUCCCACCUUCAACUUUUUAAAUUUAUUUUUAAGACUAAAAACAAACCCUUGCAAACUUGCAUACGUUAGUGGUCAGAGUGUGUGUUUUCCUGGCGGAUGUACUGCCCAACAACAACAACAAGCAGCUACUCCCCGUAGGGACGRCAGAAAAGUCUAAAAGGGUAAAUAUACAAGAGCAUGCUCCAAUGUGCUGCUCUGGACUGUAACACUUUAUCUAUGCAAGUUUGUACAUCAUCGUUAGCAUUYUAUACUGUAUAUAUCUUAACUGUGCUUUGAGAAAAACUAAAGGUAAUAGGUUUUGCUUACACAGUAUAUGGCUUUAAUUUAAAGGGAAAUUGUCUAUAUUUCCUUUUCUUCAGGGUCUGAAUUAUUAAUUUGGUUAAAAAAAUGGAAAUGAAACCAUCAUAACCAUCAACGUUGAUUGAAUAAAUAUCAUUAUAACAGUAUUUAGACAACUGUUGAUUUACGUGGAUUAUAAAUGUUACAGUUUGCUGUUUUGAUAGCUUUUUCUGCCAUGAAACACACUUAUGAAAGCAUUUAUUUCUUAACGUUUAUCUGGUAGUAAUCAUACUGGUCCUUUGAAUGUAAACAGGGUUUGCAAAGCAUGGCCUACUGAGGACAUUUGUUUUUGCUUUAUUUUUAGAUAAUUUUCCAGCAUGUUAGUUUGACUGUCGGUUUCCUGUAACAACUGACCUUUUCUUAAAUAAGAUCUACAAACUCUGUUCAGCCUGUCGACACAGYUCUAAAAUUCCAACUUAUCAAAAGCAGAAAAAUAAUUAAAUGUGUAGCUACAUAGAAGGAAUGAUUGUCAACCGGCCGUUGCCUUUAAGAUUUUAAAACAUGGAGACUGAGAGUCAAACCUUAAAGCUAAUAUCCACUGAUUGUUUCUUGAGAUAUUUUGUUAACAGACAACCAGUGACUCCAAACAGUUUAUAGCAAAAUGUUAAAGCAAGAACAUGUGCAGUUUGUCAGCACUCAGAUAAUGUGUCAGGGAUCAGUCUCASCUAUUACUUCACACCUGAACUUAAAUCUGUAUCAGUAAAAGUUUCAUACAGUUUUGGUUAUUUAGGGUCUGUUGUCUGUGGCAGCCAUCUUUGUUUGGGUUGACUCUAAAAGGUAGCUAGAUUUAGAUGUACAGCCAGGUAUUAUCUUGGUUUUAUUCAAAUUAGCCCAGUGGUUCAUAUUUUCUUUGUUAAAAGACAAACACAAAAACUAACAAAAACAGUCCAUCUAUGUUUUCUAGCAACAGCGAUAAAAAAAACACAUUUGAACUACAUUUCAUUUAAUGAACUAUUUUCUUUAACUCUAUUAAUCCUUCAGACCUCAGGUGAUUGAAAGUGGGCCUAUAAUUUUCCUUUAAUCAGGGACCUGUUCAGUAAAUCUUCCUAUUAUUUCCUUUACAUACAGUUUGUCGCUGCUGUUAUUUUUCAUUCUUUAAGCUAUAGCCUCAGUUUUCAUUUUGKUGUGAUUAUUCUGUAAUUCUUGUUCUUUAACGUUACACAAGGACUCCCUUUUUUUGCAAAGUCUAAACUGUUAAAAGCAUUAUUUCAAAAUGUUUAUGUGUAAGGCCAGUCAAAUCUACUGUCAUCAUUUCUGGUUAAAAGAUUUCAUCAUCACUAUUUGAAUAUUUUCCAUAAAAAAAUCCAUUUACAGCAAAUAUCUUUAUUUUUGGUGUAAGUUUUCAGUUCAUGACCAACRUCUCUUUGUCCUUAGAUUUGUUUAUUGUAAUAUUGUGUUUCAUAGAUGUGACCGCCUGGAUGAACAUAAUUAUACAUUUAGUAUUAUUUUGUUUUUCAGAGUUUCUUCCCUUCAAAUGUUUUCAUUCUUUUUAUGACAAUCGUGCCAAGUWAAUAUUUUGGUAAGAAGGUCAGGUAAACUGAAGCAGUCAGUGCUUGUGCAUUCAGCUCAAAUAUUAAUGUACUAACAGUUUUUACAGAGUGGAAAACACUUUUUUCUUCCUCUUUUCUGUGUAUAGUCUGUGAUUUGUGUGACAUGCUGUCUUAUUGUGUAGCCAAAAUUUGAUGUCAGGCAAACAGAAACAGCUGUUUUUUCAGAAAGCUUUCUACAAUAUUGUAUAUUACACAUAAAAAUACAGCUUUUAUUUGAAUACUGCAAAGUGCUCAUAAUCAAAACCUCAAAGCAGGCACAAACUUCCAUGUUUUUACACAAACAUUUUCCUUUACCUGUUUGCUGACACUUAGGAGCUGAUCGACUCUGCUUUAUGCAACAGAUAAAAGAGCCAAACAGCAGAAACUACAAUCACUGCGGUUUUACAUGGCUUAAUCACUUAUUUAUCAGGGCUUGGAAUAAAGGUCUAAAAGCACUUCAACACUGAUGAAUCAUCUGCACAAGUUUUAGGGGCGGAGAGGGGGUUUCUGGUUUUAAACAAGAGGAAAGUUAAAGUUUGUAACAAAAGCUCAAGGUGGAACCUUCACAUAAUGCUUGGUUAAGAGCAGCAAUUUAUAUAUUAGAUAUUAUUGUGUCAAGAGAUGAAGCUGCAUGAUUUUCUCUGACCUCUASGUGUUAAAUAUUACAAUAUUGUAGCUUUUGAAUAUCUUUGGGUUAGUAGCAUCAACCAGCUCAUCAUGCAGAUGUCUAUAUUAUACUUUUUUUUCAGCAAAUGUAUUUUUAAUGAUUUUCAUGUCUGUUACCCUUUGUUGGUUUUGAUUUUUGUUUGACCACCCCCAUGAUGUAAUUUGUCUAUUUAAAGAAGCUUGUUAUUAAUGUUUACAACAGAAAUUGGGUCAUCAGAGGAAGUGCUGUUGGUAAGCAAAAUACAUAUGGAAAACAUUGUAGUUUGGUCAAAAAUUAACAAAGUACUGCGUCGUCAAAUGAAAUAUUUGAAUCCAUUUUGUACAACUUCACACUCAGCAUCUCAGUUUGUCUCCAUUCUCACUAACACUGUGACAUCAGGUAUUAAAGGUUCUUGUUUUUACGUGA